AGCAACAUAUCUGUCCUCUCACUCGUAAGGAAGUAGAGAAGCUGAAGUGAUCCCUCCUGCACGCACUUCCAUUCAGACGAAGGAGUCCCCAAUCAGUCUCUCUUCAGAGGUGAGGACUUUCGGAGGUGUUUAGACUGUCCAGCAGUUUCUCUCCACCUGUUCAAGGAGCGGUGUUAGGGUGAAAAAGACUGCGAAUAUUCGGCACACAAUUCAUUGGCUGAUCCCUGGUUCACCCUGAAACCGCCGAAUCCGCCCACUUUCUCCCCAAGGGCCGUGCGCUGUCCCUGGUGCUGAAAGGCGAGACGAACGGGCCAUCAAGACAAACAAUUGUUAAAGACGGGGCCACUCCUGCCGUAGUAUUCACGGAUGGUUGAACAGAUUUCCAGUGGGCAGCAUUCAUUUGGACUUCAGUCAUAUUCUUAAAGGCUCAGAUGGUCUUCAUGUAAAUAGCUGGUUUCCCUUGCAUUGCAAUUUGAAUUAUCCGCUGAAGAACUCUGGAUUCAAUUGAUAGCUGUCACAUCAGCCGAAGAACGUUCCCUAAUUCACGUCUCUCCCACCUGCUUUGCCGAUAUGAGCGGAUUCCUUUCAUACCUGGACCCUCGACGGGUUCACUGGGGCGCGACUUGGAUGGCAUUACACUCACGGAUUCUUCGCACUAAGCCUGUGGAAUCUAUGCUUGAUGAUUCCAACCAACAAGGAACGGGUCACUCCAGACUGGCCCAGGUACUCACCACGGUCGACCUUGUGUCUCUUGGAGUUGGCAGCUGUGUGGGGACUGGCAUGUAUGUAGUAUCGGGACUGGUGGCCAAGGAGAUGGCGGGACCUGGUGUCAUUGUGUCUUUUAUCAUCGCAGCAGUGGCCUCCAUCUUAUCAGGUGUGUGCUAUGCUGAGUUUGGUGUGCGAGUACCUAAGACUACGGGCUCUGCCUACACCUACAGCUAUGUGACAGUGGGAGAGUUUGUGGCAUUCUUCAUUGGGUGGAACCUGAUUUUGGAGUAUCUGAUUGGCACAGCAGCUGGUGCCAGUGCUUUGAGCAGUAUGUUUGAUUCACUAGCCAACCAUACCAUCAGCCACUGGAUAGUGGACUAUGUUGGCACUUUAAAUGGACUAGGAAAAGGGGAGGAAUCCUAUCCUGACCUCCUGGCGCUGUUCAUCGCUGUUAUUGUGACAGCCAUUGUUUCCUUAGGAGUGAAGAACUCUGUGGGAUUUAACAACGUGCUGAACAUCAUCAACUUGGCUGCCUGGGUCUUCAUUAUGUUCUCAGGCCUGUUCUUCAUCAACAGCGCCAACUGGGAUGAAGGAAGAUUUCUACCUUUUGGAUGGUCUGGGGUUCUCCAGGGAGCAGCAACGUGUUUCUAUGCGUUUAUUGGCUUCGACAUAAUCGCCACAACUGGAGAAGAAGCAAAGAGUCCAAACACUUCCAUCCCAUAUGCUAUCACUGCAUCUCUGGUGAUCUGCCUGACUGCAUAUGUAUCUGUCAGUGUUAUCCUGACACUGAUGGUGCCUUAUUAUGCCAUUGACACGGAAUCUCCGCUCAUGGAGAUGUUUGUACUGCACGGAUUCCAUGCAGCCAAGUACAUUGUUGCUAUUGGUUCAGUGGCAGGAUUGACGGUUAGUCUCCUGGGCUCCCUCUUUCCAAUGCCCAGAGUGAUUUAUGCCAUGGCUGACGAUGGUCUACUCUUCAGGUUUUUUGCCCAUGUAAGUAACUACACGGAGACACCGGUUGUGGCCUGCAUUGUUUCAGGAUUCCUUGCAGGACUUCUCGCCUUGCUGGUCAGCCUACGGGACCUUAUUGAAAUGAUGUCCAUUGGAACGCUCCUCGCCUACACCCUGGUAUCGGUGUGUGUCCUACUUCUCCGCUACCAGCCUGAGAGUGAUAUUGAUGGCUUUGUUAAGUUCUUAUCAGAGGAAGGUACUAAGAAGAAGGAAGGUGUGCUAGCCGAGUGUGAGAAAGAGGCCAUUUCCCCUAUGAGUGAAGGGGAACAUUAUACUGACCUUGGGAAGAACACUUGUGGAGCAAAGAACCUACCAUCUUUGGGUGACAAUGAGAUGCUGAUUGGGAAACCAGACAAGUCCAAUUAUAGCAUGAACCAUCCUAACUAUGGUACGGUGGAUAUGAGCUCAGGAAUAGAAGCAGAUGAGUCCGAGAAUAUCUACUUAAUAAAGCUUAAGAAGCUGAUUGGACCUCGGUACUACACUAUGAGGAUUAGGCUCGGCCUGCCCAGUAAAAUGGAUCGUCCCACCACUGUCACUGGACGCACAGUCACCACCUGUGUAAUGUUACUCUUUGUCUUGAUGUUUGUCUUCUGCUCCUUUGCCAUUUUUGGGGAAGAGUACAUCUAUGACCGGAGCUGGUGGGCCAUCCUACUGAUCAUUCUGAUGGCACUGCUGAUCUGCUCACUGAUCUUUGUGAUCCUACAGCAACCUGAGAACCCCAAGAAGCUGCCAUACAUGGCACCCUGUGUCCCCUUUGUGCCUGCAUUUGCCAUGUUGGUAAAUAUGUACCUCAUGUUGAAGCUCUCCAGUAUAACUUGGAUCCGCUUCGCAGUUUGGUGCUUCGUAGGUUUACUCAUUUAUUUCGGAUAUGGAAUUUGGAAUAGUAGCCUGGAGAUUGGAGCACGUCAGGAAGCCCUGAGUCAGAGCACGUACCAGCGCUAUGAUGUGGAUGACAGCUUCAUGGUAGACGAAAGCUUUGCCUACCCAGAGGAGGAGGUGACUCAACACCGUGAACAGUGGUCGCCAGCAGAGCAGACGGGGUAUCAGGCCCAGCAGUCAAUGCCUGACAUUGUGGGAAAUCACAGGACCUACAACAAAGGCAGGAGCAAAGGGAAGUAUGUCAGGAAAUCUGAAGCACUGAUUGCAAAUGAUGAGCUAGAUUAUUCCCCAGAGUAAAGGGUACUAACACUCAUACCCUUGGGCUAGAGUCUUGGACAUCAUCUCUUUUAUAUGAAAAAAAUGCUGUCAUGUGACAUAAAAAAGGCAAUGUGUUUCUUUGUUUUUUUCAAACUUCACUCUUUCUUACUUCUUAAAAGGAUUUCAUGCUCCUGUAUAAAUAUUUGGCAAACUUUUAUCCUGCAGGAAGACCAGAAUUGUGAUAUCACAGGGAUAUGAGUGGACGGGGUGAUUUUGUGUGAUUUGUAUUGCCCCGGUGUUUCAUGUAUGUGCAAUUAUAUAAAAGAAUUUGCCAGAUAUUUAUCGCAGUGUCCCUUUGAUCAUUAAAUCAGCCAAAAAAGACUUUAUUUUGAAAGAUUAUUCUCCACCCAAUUUAAAUCCCAAUCUUUUUCAAUGAGGCAUGAUUGUGAAUACUCCAGAAUGACAUUAAAUUGUACAUGAAGUCAGAAGCAAAGGUCAAGUUAACCUACAUAUCACUAGAACUGAGAGCCUUGUAACCAGAAAGAGUUGUGUCAGUUCAGUGAGUACAUUCUCAUUAUAUGUUCAGAAAUUGGAUGGCGAAUGCUUGACCUGAAAGACUUGAUCAAGAUUUGAUAAUAGGCAUUCAGCCUCAAAAAUGUUUAAAUGCAACGUGUUGCCUUAUGUAAGUCUGGGACUGUCCAGACUCAGUCCUUAAUUAGUGCAGAAGUAGCCAAUUGUAAUCAGUGCUGAUGGGACAGGUUACCAAAAGCCCCAUUGUGCCUAAUUAGACAAGUGACAACAUUAUACAAUCAGCUAAGUUUUCUGUUGUCUAACCCACUGACUCCCUGCUGUGCAUACAUUUUUUUUUAGAAGGGCUUGGAUGUGAUGCCACUCAAUGUUGAAUCCCCUGCUGAUUAGCAGAGUCAUUACUCGAGAAUGAAGGAGAAGGAGGACGUUUGAAACUGCAGGUCCAUUGUGAGUCACCAUCUUGAGAGCAGGAACAUCAAGCAGUGCUGAUAAUGUAUAGGGGAGUUAGGAAUUAGAGCAUCUUUCGCUGGUUUCAUGAGUAAGAUUUGCCACUUCUGUUCAUUUCAUAAGUAAUAAUUCCUUUAUGAUUGUAAGAUUUGCUGCUCCUUCAUCUUUCAAUACUACAUCUGUGCAGGCAUGAGGAAUUAUUGUUGUAAUCAAAAGUUACACAGUUUAUGUUAUGACAGACUGGACUGUAUUUCUCUCUGAUUUUCCAACAAUAUUUAUGCGAACUGUUCAAGUUUCUGAACUUGUCUAUAAAAAGCCCUUCCGUUAGAAGUCAGGCAGGGCACAUACAAGGAAGGCUAAUUACUUUGCUUCCUUUCUGGCUCAUAAUAUUAUUCAACCAAUGAUCAUGCAAUUUUUUUUAAGACUCUUAAAUUGCAUUAUUUGUUUUGCAACAUAAAGUUUACUUACAUUGAAAAAUGAUGAGUGUAUCCAAACAUCAGUUACAAGGCUAAAGCUGUUGGGUGCAACUGCUGUCUGAUCCCAGAGGGAAACAUGUGUUUUGUCAUUCUUCGCAGGAGAAAUGAUACCUAUUUCCUUGAAACAAUUCAUGGACUUUAUACAGAUUCAUUUUCUCCUUAGAAAAUUUAUUUUUAACCCCAAGGGCAGUUUUUUAGUUGAGGUGGUGGGAGGACCCAAUAAUGAAAAGGAAUAGAAGUGAGAACAAUCUUAAUAUUAAGCUGAAUAUUGUUUUAUUUUACUGUAAAUAAUGCUUUCAAUUUGACAAGUUUCUCAGUUUGAUAAAGAUUAAUUAUUUUUAACCUGAUGGUAUGGAAUUACCAGUUUGCACAUUAAUUGAUGCCCUUAGCAUCUCCUAUUUGGAUGGAAGCUCAUGGCUACAACAUUGGCUUUGAUUUUUCAAGCUGGAUUGGCUGACAAUGUCUAUUGAAAGCAGCUUAUUCUAAUUGAUAUUAGUUUAAUGAUGUUAAUUGAAGGCAAGUGUUGUCCUUGGGAAGAACCACAACUUAGUCAAAAUAGAGUGAAAAAAGGUAGAGAUUGGAACAAAUAGCCCCAGCCUCCAACCCACCAUCUCUCAAAUACACUUCAGAAAUUUAUUAGAACAUACCUCUGCUUUAAUUUACUACUCGAGUAUUGCCAUGCCUUGCCUUCCUAUAGGCACAAAAAAUUUCAAGCACUAAAAUAAUGUAUUGUGCAGAUAAAAUAAACUUCUAAAAGGGGUACAUCAAGUCUGAACCUCUAGCUCACUCUUGUUUCUUGCAUCUGAAUGUAUGCUAUUGUGGCCUCAAAACAUUAACUUUAAAUCAGAAUUGAAACCAGUCAUAGGUAUUACUUGUUGUACAAACUCCCAUCCAUUGUCUUACUAGAAUGCAUGCCUGUGCAGUGUCUUUCCAAAGUAUAUUUGAAAUAUAUUUCUUGUUAUUGUGAUGUGUGUAUAUAUUUCCUUGCGUUUUUCAAAAUGUGUGCACAUUUGUAGUGUUAUAACUGCAUGCAAUGUCUGGUACCAAGAGUAACAGAAUUGAAACUUGCAUUCUAUAUUAUCUGUGUGGUAUUUCUGUUCCAUUCACAAACUUCACUGGCAAGACCAGCAUUGUGGAUUGCCCUGUUGAACCAUUGACAGAAAUUUGGCAUGACUGAGUGAGUUACAUUGAGAGCAGUUAAUGGUCAAUUAACUUGAUGUGUCUCUGAAGUUACAUAUAGGCGUGCUCUGGACAGAACAGCAGGUUGCAGAUUUUCUUUAGAAAAGGACAUUAGUGAACCAGUCAAAUUUUUCCCAAUAAUCUGACAGCUUCAUACUCACUAUUACUGAAACCAGAUUUCUAUUUCCAGUUUAAAUGUAUUUUUAAUGGAUUCUCAAACUUGCAUAGUGGUAUUUGAACUCACAUUCUCUGCAUUAUUAGUCCCAUAACAUAGCCACUCAAAGAUGAUAUCCAAUUUUAUGUCUGUGUGACAUGCCAUAAGGUCCCAUUUUCCUUUUAACCUCAAUAUCAUUCUGAUGUAUCUACAUUCCCUUGUAUCUAAAAUGUCUUUUUUGGAAUGGACACCUUGAACUGACCACAGUUAAUUAAGAUGACAGCUUUUAUGUACUUUUCAGUAAAAGAAUAAACUUGUUGAAAAUCACCUCAAAUUUCAAAUGCGGGGUUCUGAAGGAGAAAGCACAUAGACAUUUGUGCAUCAAAAUAUAAAAAUGUGAAUAGUGAUUUUUAUAAUGAGGAAAUGAAUGCUUAGGAAAUCCAGGAAAGUUUGAAAAAAUUGUUAUUUUAAUGAGAAUUGUCUAUCCCACAUUGCUCUAUCAUGAUGUACACCAGCUUUCAGUUUGGAGUCAACCUUGCUGGUAUGGGUUUGGUCUCAUGUACAGGCUCAGACCAGAUGUUGUUGGCAGGUUUCUCAAAGGGAUGUUAGUGAACAAGUUGAGUUUUUAACAAUAAGCCAACAGUUGUUUGGUCAUUUUUACUGAUACCGGGAUUUUGUUUUCAAGCAAAAUGAGCUACUCUGCUGGAACAGUACUUGAAUGUCAAACCAGUAACAUAACUACACUGUUGCAUCUGCAAAAUGCAGACUACAAGGGUGGCAUGGUGGCUCAGUGGUUAGCACUGCAGCCUCACAGCUCCAGGGACCUGGGUUUGAUCCCACCCUCGGGUGACCAUCUGUGUGGAGUUUGCACAUUCUCCCUGUGUCUGUGUGGGUUUCCUCCCGCAGUCCAAAGAUAUGUAGGCUAGGUGGAUUGGCCAUGCUAAAUUGCCCGUAGUGUUUAGUGGGUUAUAGGGAGAUGGGUCUGGGUGGGAUGCUUCAAGUAGCAGUGUGGACUUGUUGGGCCAAAGGGUCUGUUUCCAUACUGUAGGUAAUCUAAUCUAAGAAAUUCUAACAACUGUUUAUGAUUGGAAACUCAGAAUGUAGCAAUGAAGAUCGGAAUAAAUUUCAGGAGCACAUUGACAGAAAUAUGACAGAUGAAAGUCAACGCAGAGAAUGUGAGGGGAAUCAGCUUCAUCAGUAAAACAAGGAGAUGAAAUAUAAAAUACAUUGAAAUAACAUGAAAUAAAAUGUGGGCCGGGCAGAGAGUGACACAUUGUUAAUCUUGAUAAUCUGAUAAUCCAGAGCCCUGGGCUUAUUACUUGGAGAUAAGGGUUCAAAUACCACCAAAGCGUCUGAUAGAAAUAAAUUCAACUGAUAAAUCUUGAAAGUACAGUUAGCGUUAGUGAUGGUGAUCAAGACACCUACAGUCAAUUUUUGUAAAAUCCAUCUGCUUCACUGACAUUCCUUAGGGAAGGACUUCUGCAGUCCUUCCGUGUCUGGCCUACAGAUGACUUCAGACACAAAGCAGUUUGGUUGAUUCUUGACUGUUCUUUGAGAUGUCCCUCAAAAGCAACUCAGUUUGAGGGAAAUUAGGGAUGGGUAACAAAUACCACGUUGCUACUCAAGCCCAUAUUUCAUAAAUGAAUAAAGAAGAUGGUCUCAUCUGUGACAAUAGUAAACAUAGUUUUGCACUUUUAUGUUUGAUAAAACAGAUUAACUGAAGUGUAAGAAAGUACUGUAGAUAAACACCAAUAGUCAGGGAUUCAUGGAAAUCAAAAGAAAAUAGUUGAAUGAACAGAAAGCAGGACAGGACCAUAGAAACAUGAAGAGAUCAUUCAACUUAUGAAAACCGAAAUAACUACAGAUGCUGUAAAACAGGAACAAAAACAGAAGUUACUGGAAAAGUUCAGCAGUUCAGGCAGCAUCUUUAAAGAAAAAUCGGCGUUAAAGUUUUGGGUCCGGUGACCCUUCCUCACAAUCUAUCCACUUUUACUGAACCCGAAAUGUUGACUGAUUUUUCUUCAUAGAUGUUGCCAGAUCUGCUGAGCUUAGCCAGAAACUUCUGUUUUUAUUCAAGUUACGAAACUUGUCCAGAUUUUCAAUGAGAUCAGGUUAAUCUAAAUUUUAACUCCAUCUCAUACCUGUCACCUUAUUUUCAUAAUUUUAAGAUCCUUACUCAACAAAAAUUCUUUGAUUUCAGCUUUGAAAUGAUCAAUGGACUUUCCACAGCUUUCUUGGCUUGUGGUGGAUUAGAACUUUAAAUGUAGAGGGCAUGUUCAGGGAUGUCAGCAAGGAUAGAAGAUUGGCGAAAUAUCAGGAAACAGAAUAUGCAUAAAUAGGUCUUUUGAAAAUUGGGAGGAUGUGACAAGUAUAGUCUCAAAAGAGUCUGUGCUGGGCCUUUAACCUUUCACAGUUUAUGAUAAUGACUUAGAGGAGAGGAAUAAUGGCAUUGUAGCUAAUUUUGCCAAUGACAGCAAGACAGGGAUGAAAAUAUGUUGUGAAGAAGACAUAAGGAAGUUGCACGAUAUAGGUAUAUUAGUAAGUUGGUAUGAAUCUGGGAAACUGAGUAAUGUAAGAAAAUGUGAAGUUUCUCAUUUUGGUAGGAUGAAUAAAAAAGCAGAUAAUUACUUAAAUGGAGAAUGAUUGCAGAAUUCCAAGAUAUAGAGAGAUUGACGAGCUCCACCGCAUUCAUGACAAAAUGUAAGUGUACACUCAACACAAAAUCAAGAAAGCUAAUGGGAUGUUUUUUUUAUUAUGAGGGAAUUGAACAUUAAAAAUAAGGAUGUUAUGCUUCAAAUGUACAAGACACUGGUGAGACUACAUCUCAAAUUCUGUGUGCAGCUUUGUUCCUCUUACUUGAGGAAACAUGUAAAUGCAUUAAAAGUGUUUCAGAUGAGGUUUACCAGAUGAAUACAUGAAAUGAGUAAGUAGGGUUGGAGAAAGGCUGGGUUAACUCCCACUGGAGUUUAGAAGAAUUGGAGGUGACUUAAUUGAAGUGUAUAAGAUGCUGAAUGGUCUUGCAUGGCAAGGGUGUUUCCUCAGGUAGAUCAGCCUAGAACUGGGGGCCAGUUUUUUUUUUAAAUUGUGGGUUGCUCUUUUCAAACAGAGAUAAUGAGAAUUGUUUUCUGUCUGGGAGUUUUGCAGUUUUGGACCUCUCUGCUUCAGAAGGCAAUGGGCAUUGGAUCAGUAAAUAUAUUUAAGACAAAAGUAGAUAGAUUCAUGUUGGGAAAGGAAACCAAAAUUAUUGGGCAUCCAUGAGAAUUUGCCAUUCAAAACAUAAACCAUUCUCUCAUUGAAUUACAGAGCAAGUUCAAGGGGCUGAAUAAUUACAAUGUGGAGCUGGAGGAGCACAGCAGGUCAGACAGUGUCCGAAGAGCAGGAAAGCCAACAUUUCAGGUCAAGACCCCUGAUGAAGGAUUCUGACCAAAAACAUUGACUUUUCUGCUCUUCAGAUGCUGCCUGACCUGCUGUACUCCCCCAGCUCCACAUCUUAUCGACUCUGAUUUCUAACAUCUGCUGCCCUUGGUAUCUCAAGUGGCUGAAUGUCCUACUUCUGCACCCGGUUCACAUAUUUAUAUAAGCUGGUUAAAUAAGUACUGAUAGAUACAUUCAAUGUUUCUGUUUAUGAAAUGCAUGUUCUGAGGCAUUGAGAGCUUACAGGAGCCCGAGAUAUGAACUCCCGAAUCCUGGAUGGAAACCAAAUAUACUGAAUGAUGUGAUUUCCUGUCCAUUAUGUUUGUUGUGGAAGAAAAAAUAUAUUUGAUGCCCAUUAGUCGGGAAUAGUCAUUUUAAACCUUAAAGUCAGGGAAGUCAUCAUAUUAGACCAAUGUGAGUCUUUUCCAAUUCCCUUUAUCUCUUUGCUGUGUCUUAAGGUUUGGAGAGCAACCUAAAGCUGACUGUAGUUGUUCCACUUUUUUGUUAUGAUAUUGUUUAUCUUGAAUUGUUUAAUUUGUCCCAUAGAAUGAUAGAGUCAUUGUCACAGAGGUCUACAGCACAGCAAAAAGAUCUUCAACCCAUGAAGCCUGCGCCAGUUAAAAACAACCACCUAACUUCUCAGUGGAAUGUAACUCUAAAGGUUAUUUCUUAUACAAUAGAACACAGCCGUUCCCACUAAUGCCAAUUUGCCAAUCUCUGGGAGCACAAUUUUUUUGUGAAAACAAAGGUUCCAAUUGUUUAAAUAUGCUGAUAAAGCAGAAUUCUGACAUACUAAAUUUGGUGUUUUUGGCACCUAACAAUGAGAGGAAAUCUCCCAUCCCCAAUCUUUCAUGAAGACUGAUAACUCCCUUGCUUCCAACUCAUUUUAUGAAUCACUUCAGUCAUUAGAAUAGAUUUUACAGCACGUCAUAAGCACCAGCAUAUACUUGAAUGCAUAAAUAUUCAUUAAACCUGGGUUUAAUGUCUGAGUUUUAUUUGAAUGUCAGUCUGGGGGGCAAAUAAAAUUCAGACCUUGAACUUGUCUGAAAUCAUCAAAGCUGAUGUUUGAAUGAUGUCCCUUUGUCAUUAUUUUAAAGAAAGGUUAAAUCCUUUGUAUUGUUUGAUGUAUAAUUCCAGGAACAUGAUUCCCUAUAUCUUUAAUAUGCCACAGACUAUCACAUGCCAAGGUAAAUUUUGUGAAAGGAAGUAAAUGACAGCCUGCAGUAUAAUUUUUUUAUGUGCUUAAACUCUUUUCAAUUGUCUAGUUGAAAUGAACACCGAAAAACACACACUGGCCCCUGAGCCAAAAGAAAAUCACGCUGAAGAUGAAAGAGGGGAAUGCAUUUUAUCUUCUAAUCAACUUUUUAAUUUUCAUUAGAGAGCAGAGAAAUAAUGUAAAUUGUCAGAUGUCCAGCAACUUUGAAGGAUAUUUUUCUUUAUUGAUAUGUUGAGAAAUAUUGAAGACUAUGAUACGGUCGUUGUCAAUAAAAUUCUACUUUGUUGUCGUUGGGCCAUUGAUUUUUGAUGUUGUAGCAAACAUAAUGUUUCAUCUCAAAAGGAACGAGAACAGAUGGAAUAUUGACAAUUAGAAUAUAGGAGCAAAUUACUGCAGAUCCUGGAAUGUGUAAUGAAAACAAAUACUGGAGGUCAUCAGGUCAGACAGCAUCCAUGGAGAGACAGCAAGCUAACACUUCAAGUCUAGAUGACUCAGCUCUGAUGAAGAGUUGACUCGACUUGAAAUGUUAGCUUGCUGUCACUCCUUUUGACAGAAUUAGAUAUGUACAGUUUUUGCUGAUUUAUAGAACUGUGGUUGGAGUGUAAUUAUUUUCCCCUCCCUGGAGGAAGGUGGUGAGAAGGCAAAUAAUUGCGUAGAAACACACCAACUCCCUUCCUCCCACCUCAGAAAUAUAUUGGAGUGAGAUAUCAAUUGUGACCCUUUCUCUUUUGUAUCCUUUAUUUAUGUCCAGAAGUGAUAUUUACACACAAAUGAACAUCUUUUGUUUUUCCAUCACCAAAUCAUCCAUGGCAUCUUUUCAUCUAUUAACUACCACCACCAGUGAAAAAAUUAGAGUUGGUAGUGGAGAAGAGCCCAGCUGUUGGUUAUUUUCCAGCCAACUUGUUCACAGUUUCAAUUUCACAUCUCUGGAGAAAGCUGGGAUGUGAGUUUAGGUUUCUUACCACUCCAGCUGUAAUCCUGACCUUCUUGACCUGCAACCAAUUGUGACCCUUAAAUGACCCAAAUAAAAAGUGCAGAUUGCAAUUGCGUCUCAGAUUCCUUGGGGGCACACAAGGCAGUGGUCUGCAUUCUUAAAUAAAUAUCAGUUGUGAAUCCAAUUGGUUCAAUGGAACAAGGUUUGAUUGAAUUUGGGACCUACCUCCUUCUACCCAGCUUUAUAUUUUACCGGGUCACUUCUCAAGUACUGAAGGACUUAUUGAAGAUAGAAUAUUGAAAGAAAUGUCUGAAGAUAGCUUUACGUGGGAAUAUAGAAACAUAGAAGGUAUGAACAGGAGUAGGACAUUCUGUUCUUCAAAUCUAUUCCACCGUUCAACAUGAUCACAGCUGAUCAUUCAACCAAGUACCCAGUUAUCUCUUUUGCUCCAUACCCUUUUAACCAUUUAGCUCCAAGAUCAAUAUCUAAAUCCUUCUUGAAAAUAAUCGGUAUUUUGUUUUCGAUCGCUUCCUGUGGCAGAGCAUUCCACAGGCUCACCACUUGCUGGGUGAAGAAAUUUGUGAUCAUCUCAGUACUAAAUGGCCUACUCUGUAUCCUUACACUGUGAGGCCUGGUUCUGGACUCACCAGGCAUUAUGAGCAACUUUCGUGCUACUGCAGUCCAUGUGAUGAUGAGAGUACUUUCACUGUGUAUUGAUGUAGCAAGUUCUAAGAUUGUGCUCCAGCAACAAAUGGAGGAACAGUCAAUAUGAUUCCAAGCUUUAUGACAGUGUGUUUGACUUGGUGGAGUUCUUUCAUUAUCUUUCUUUGUGCCGAAGGUGAUGGGUUUCAGAGGUGGAAUCGCCUUCAGGAGAGAGGUUAAGCUUAAAUGGAGGAGGAGGUUGAGGUCUACUUUGAGUGGCACAGAUGAAAGGCUGGAGCAGUAGCAGCAUUCCAAUAUGUGUGCUGUUAAUGUAUUUCAGUCCCCUUACUGACGGGGGUUGGGUCAGCCAAAAUUUCUCUUUUUAAUAUUUGUUGAAUUUUCUAUGCUGUAUGUCAUCUGUUUGUUAUUGAUAAUCAACUAUAUUAUUUUCAUGUUGUUUGUGAAUGAAUGGUUUGGAGACUAAGGACCUGGAAUGUCAGUGAAAGUGUUGUCUACAGUGACUGUCUGUCUUACAUAUUUCACUAUUUCUUUUUGAUCUAGUCCAAGGGUCAGCUACAAGAAGCAGUGACUUCAGGCUUAUAAUAUCUGGGAAUAACUCCUUCAUUAAUCCUUGAAAAAUGCAUGAAAUUGAUGCCAUACUGCACGAAGGUCCAAAGUGCUGUAACUUGACAAAGAAAGGUAUGGAGACCUCUUCACUGAAAUCAAUGGAUGAAUAUGAACAAAGACCCAUGGACAGACAGAGGUCGGAAACUAAAUCUUGUUCUUUCGCAUUUAACAUGACGUUUCACAAUAUUUCUCACUGCUUGUUGAUAGUUUCAGUACUAAACCCUACCCUGGUACCGUUUUACCCUGUAAAUUGCCCUUUUGUUUUAACUCUGUAGUCUGAGUUGUGAUAUUGUUGAGUUUUGCAUUUUUAUUCCGGGAAUGAUUUUGGUUGAGUUUUCUGUAUAUCUUGAAUUUCGGCUAUGGAAUUGCUGUAUAUUUGUUACAAGUAUGUACACUGUGGUUUUGUUUUGGUGUGUUUUGUCUCAUUGCUUCAGUUGUACCAAAACCAUACAGAAAAGAAAAAACAAAAUUUGUUGCAGAAACAUCCAAUGAAGUGACUCACUUAUUGAUUUAUUUUUCUUAUGCUCAUGCUGAACUGUGCAAGAUAAAUACUUACAUUUGCAACUAAACCUGUGUGUGUGUACAUACAUUUAUACACAACAUUAA